ACUCUUAGCUGGAUAUCACAUUUACUUGUUUUACUCGAGACAAACUGGACUUCAAUUAUAAAUGCGUUGCUUGAAUAACCGAAUACACGGUCAAGAAUGCCAUGGGGGAAGUUUACUACGACGAUUUAAUCAAGAAACGAGAGUUAAAAGACCGUUGGGUACAAUUUUGGGCAAGAUUGAUCGGCGAGAAGAUCUACUUGUACGUUUCCAAAGACUGUAAGGAACUCGACUUCUGCGAAAUCAUAUGGCUUUCUUCGUGUUCAAGAUGUACUCUCCUGAAACGAAGGAAUUACAGCUUUCGAUUUCGACUGACUACAAGUGAGGGAAAUUAUUAUUUCAAGUGUGAUUCAAAUCUUCAAAGGCAUCGAUGGAUUCACAUGAUUCAUUUAGCGUGUAGUGGAAGAUCGCCUGAAUUACCGCCAAAUCACAUCAAUAUGCGAUGUUGUUAUCAAGACAAAGAACCUAAUGAGAUAGGCAAUGGUAAGGAUAAAAGAAAGAGCCAUAGAAGGGAGAACAUUAACGAGGAGAGGGCUCCAGAAAUGUCUGAUGGAAAGGAAGCGAGUGGGGAAGACGAAGUGUCUAAGGAUUGUUCUCGUGCAGCCUCCGCCGAGGAUGUGGAACUGAGGGGUUCAAAACUAAUUAUCGAUGAAAACAAUAGGUCAAUAGCUUCAGAGGAAUCUGUUAUUCCAGAAGAAAUGACGACCAACUCUGAAAGGACGUGCAAGGAAAGCGAAAAUGAGUUAAAGGAAGAAAAAGAACCAUGUGAAAUGGCGAACGACAAGACGACAACUGCUAGUUCGAGUGAAGAUUCACCUGCUACCAGACAAACAUUUUCGUUCAAAACAUUUACUUUUAGCUCGUUUCGUAAAUCAUUGAGAAGACAAAGCUACCCUCCAAAACAAAGCAAAGAACUCACACAAAGUAAGGAUCAAAUAAAGUCUGUUUCCUACGCGAAUUUUGAGGACAAAAUUAAAUACUCUAUGGACAAUCCUGCAUUUACAGAUGAUGACAGUCUUGACAACGUAGAGGGAAGUACGUGUACAGAAAGCUAUCCGAAAACCAAGAUUAUCAACGUGGUUUCAUGUCGUGACUAAACUUCGAAGCAAACAAAAUUGCUUUUUUAUCUUGAGGUUAUCGUGGUAAACAAAAUUUGUUAUUUAUCAUAAAUUCCACAUAGAUUUGAAUAUUUUAUUUCUCAAUGCAAAUGAAAAGUUGAUUUUAUUAGUAUAUAUAUUUUUAACUAAAAAACUCCCUAUAGUGUAGAGUAAUUCUCUGGUCGUUUUCCUUAUUAAGGCCAAUUAAUCUCUACAGUUCUUAGGAAACUUUUGUUUUCUAAUUAUUUUGGUCUCUUUAGAGACGGGCUUUUUAAAAGCCUGAAUAACUAGGAAUAAAUAAUUUUUGAUCGCCAAAUCGAUCGUCAAUAGAUUCAAACCAUAUCCAA